AUGCCCACGCACAUCGCAGGCCAGGCCGUUCCGAUCGGACCGCGCGGAUUCGACGGGGACGAGUCGCGAGACGGGUCGCGGCAGAGCUUGGCGUCGCGCGGCGGCAACAGCUGUCGGUCCGCGACGGCCGGCGGCACGGCGGCGGCCGGCACGCCGACGAACCCGCCGCUGUACGCGCGCAUGGCGGGGAGCAUGCACGGCGCGGGGGUGCUGAGCGGCGGGGGGAUCGUCGGCGGGGGAGGGGGAAGCAGCGGGUACGGGAGCAGCGGCGGCGGCGGCGGCGGGGGUGGGGGCGACUCGAUGAGUGGCGGCGUGGUGGUGGGCAUGAGCAGCUCGUCCAUGCAUGCAGGCGCCAUAUCCGGUGGCGGCUCGGGGCACGGGAGCAGCGUGGCGCUUAGGGCGGCGCAGGCGGCGAAGCUGAGGGCGGCGCGGACGGCGCAGGAGAGGCACAACGUGCGCAUUGUGGGGGCGGGGCCCGAGCUGCUCGUGCUCUCCCAUGGCUUCGGCUUCAACCAGUCCAUGUGGACGCAUGUGCUGGAAUCGUUUGACACCGCUCUGUACCGCAUUGUACUCUACGACCUCACCGGUGCUGUAGGGUCAGACAGCGACGCGUUUGACUUUCAGCGCUACAGCACGUUGCACGGCUUCGCAGAGGACCUGCUACAGCUGCUCACAGAGAUGGGCGUUGAGGGCGACUGGGGGCAGCAGUGCACGCUGGUGGGGCACAGGCAGAGCGGCAUGAUCGCGCUGCUGGCAGCCAUCGAGCGACCCAAGCUCUUCAAACGCAUCGUGCUGCUCGCCUCCUCGCCCAGGCUGCUGGAGGCCCCGCCCGACUACAACAGCACCUUCAGUCUCGCUGACCUGGACAAGGUCUUUGGCAUCAUGCAGGGAAACUUCCGGCUGUGGACCAAGGGGUGUGCGCCUGUGUUGAACGCGGACGACGUAAAGGCGCAGCAUGUGAGGGAGGUGACGCGGCCACUCUUCUCGCUGCGCCCCGACGUUGCCUUCUCGUGCCUCAAGUCCACCUUUGCCUGCGACCUGCGUGAAGUGCUGCCGCAGGUAGAGGUACCAGUUCACAUGCUCUUCCUAGAGGGGACCCCGCCACUCCCCCGGCUGUAG